AUGAUCGGCAAAGUUUCUCUUGCAGUAGCAACCCUGGUCAUCGCCCAAGGACUACCUGGACUCGGCAAGGUGAUAGAGGAGCAAGACACUGUCAGAGUUUACACAUCUACAACUCUUCUCCGGGGUGAGCUGGCUAAUAUUCAUCUUGAUUGGCUUGAUCAUGCACCGAAUGCAAUCAAGGCAGUCUACGCAUCGUGCGACGGCCAAAAUUUGACCAAAAAGGAGCAUUUCAUCGGACGAUUCUCGACACAGAAUCAAACCCCUGAAAGACUGGCUUGGGCCGUUCCAAACGACGCCCCGACUCAACAAUGCGUCUACAUCUUGGAAGUCGAUGACCGGGUUGCAACUCCAACUGUUCUAGGCAAAAGCAGUCCCAUUUCACUACAAAAGGCACCCAACAAACGAUCGACAGCAUUUGCCAACAUUCCAUUACUGAAGGAUUUUGAUUCGUUGGGAACAUGGUUCGAUGGAGUGGCUAAAAUCAAAGAAAAGGUUGAAGAAGAGGGAGGAGUAGCUUCGAAGAGCUCAUUCAAGAAUACCUCAAUCGCGAUUGUUGGAGGUGGGAUUUCCGGACUUGCCACAGCUUUGAUGCUGGACAGCGUCGGCAUACACAACUGGGAGAUCAUCGAGGCCAGUAACCGCGUUGGAGGCAGGUUUCGAACGAAAUAUGUCGCAGAUACGCAGGAAUGGGCUGAAAUGGGACCGAUGAGACUUCCGUACUCAGUGACCUACAAAAGCGACAACGAAACACUGUUGUAUUCCGACCAUCAAUUGACUUUCCAAAUGGCCGAGAUAUUGAACACCAUGAAUAAGAAUGAGUCGAAGUGGAGAAUUGAUUUCAUCCCCUGGGUUCAGCACAGCCCCAAUGAGAUCAUUGCACAAGGAACUCGCCGUCAUCCGGAUGGUAGAAUCCCAACCCGCGCUGAACUUGAAGAUGAUCCAAGCCUGGAAGAUGCACCAGCAAUGACCAGUGCAGAGUACAGCAAUACCGAGAAUCAGAUGAACAAAAUCCUCAAAGACCAAGCGACGCUCAAAUCCAUCCAAAAGGACGUCUGGAGAGCCCACAAGACUGCUAUGGAUCAAGGACUCGACGACUGGAGUGAACAGGCGAUGAUGCGCCAUGCCUUCAAGGCCAGUGAGAAUGUCACUGAUGAGAUCUUGACAUCUUCUGACUAUGAUGUAUUUUGGGAUGAACUGCACCAUAACUCCAAUCUUGGGCUGGAUGGGAGCAAGGGAAGCAUGGGGAAGACAGAAUGGGUCUGCAUCGACGGAGGAUUCAACCGCCUCUCCGAUGCAUUCCUUCCCCAUGUCCAGAGCAGACUUACUCUCAACCGAAAAGUCAGAAAAUUAGAGCCUGUCCAGGAUCAAAACGGCAAUACCCGAACUCGACUGUCAUGGUAUCCUAGCGUCUCGAAUCGCACAUACGAGUCCAAAGACUACGACUAUACGAUCAUGGCAGCGCCAUUCACCAUGACCCGAUUCAUGGACCUACCCAAAUUCUCUUCUGUGCUGGACCGCGCAAUCAGCGAAGCAGGUCUCCGAUUCAAGUCUGCCUGUAAAGUAGCUCUACUUUUUUCCGAACGAUUCUGGGAGAAAGGCGACCGGCCCAUUUUCGGCGGUUACUCCAAACCAGAGAGCAAACCCGUCGGCGCCUUGUAUUACCCAGUCUAUGGACUCAACGAGUCGCGUCCAGGGUUGAUAAUGCACUACCGAGGGGGAGACUGGAGCGACCGAUUUGUGAGUUUCUCGGAUGAAGAACACGUCCAGACGGUUCUGGACGCGGUUGUGAGUCUUCACGGCGAACAGGCACGAGACUUGUACACUGGUGAUUAUGAGCGGCUUUGUUGGCUUCAGGAUGAACAUACGGCGACUUCUUGGUGUCGGCCGGAUAUUGAGCAGCAUAAGCUCUACAUUCCGGCUUAUCAUCAGACGGAGCAUAAUACCAUUUUUAUCGGAGAGCACACUGCGCCUACACAUGCUUGGGUGAGUUCAUCACUGCAUUCUUCUGUUCGAGGGUCUAUUCAACUGCUGUUGGAGCUGGGCUUGGUGGAUGAGGCGAAAGAGCUUAACCAGAAGUGGAUGGGAAGAUGGAUCAAGUUGUGA